AUGCUGUCCAUACCGAGUCUUUCCUUGCUUUCGAGCUUUCUCUUUUGCAUUGAAUGGGUUAGAGCUGGAUUCGACCCAGCUGCUUCGAACAAUGUCGCUGACAAAAUUCCUACGGCCAAAGAGAUGGACCUUUGUCUCAGCAAAGACUUUCUCAUUAUUGCGCAAUUGAAUAUCAUUCCAAUUGCAUUUUUGACUACACUCCAUAACCCAUCGAUCAACCUAGCAAAUUCUGAAGGUGGAUGUACUGCCAUUCCUGGCAGCUCGUUGCUCUACUGUUCACAAGUCGAAGAAGAUAUUCAAACAUGUCAAAAACAAUAUGGCAAAACUAUCCUCCUCUCAAUCGGUGGUGCAAACUAUAUAGAUGGAGGAUUCCCUUCUCCUGAAGCAGCAGUAGCAGCAGCAAACAACAUCUGGUCUAUUUUCGGUCCCAAAACCGUAGGAAGCACUGCUUCAAGACCCUUCGGCAACGCGGCCGUCGAUGGGUUUGAUUUCGAUUUUGAAAUGACUUGCCCAAAUAUGGUUGCUUUCGCCAAUCAACUCCGCAAAUCAAUGGAUGCCUGCACCGCCGGUGGAGAGAAGAAAUUCUACCUCACCACAACUCCCCAAUGUCCAUAUCCUGACGGGAACGUCGGACCAAUGCUCGCUGGAGCUGUCUACUUCGACGCAAUUUUCAUUCAAUUUUUCAACAACGAGUGUGGUCUCCCAUCCUACGUUCCAGGUAGCACAACCCAAACGAUAUUCAACUUCGAAACCUGGGACAAGUGGGCAAAGACCGAGUCGUUGAAUAAAAACGUGAAGAUUUUCCUCGGAAUCCCAGGCUCAUCUACCGCUGCCGGGAGCGGUUACAUGUCUGGAGGUAGCUUGGAGGCGAUCAUUGGUUAUACCAAGACGUUUUCUAGUUUUGGAGGAGUGAUGAUCUGGGAUAUGAGUCAGGUAUUUGCAAAUAAUGGGUUUCUGAAUGGCGUAACUAAAUGUUUGAGUUUACCUGCUGGACCGGGUACGACGAUGGUUACGUCGGUGAAGCCAGCGAGUACGCAGAUGGAGGAGAUGAUGCCUCCAUAUUCUUCACAGGCACCAUCUUCUUCAGUAGUUCCCGUUCAUGAUACCAUGAGUGUUGAACAUCAAACUUCGACGGGUACCAUGACAAGAACUACAACGCACGAGGAACAACCUAAGCCGACGAGUGCUAUACCCACCCAGACAAAUACUCAAACAAGUACGAACACAUCUACUGUUUUUGAGACUAUAGAUAAUGUCCCACAUUAUCUACCGCCUGAUAAACCGACCGAAACCGCAUCCAAUGAGGAAUAUCAUGGGACAUCUAGUACCUCGACAUAUACUCAGACGCGGACGUAUACCCAGACAAGCAUGGAGACACAAACGAAAACUACGAAGAGUACUCCAGAGUAUCUUGUACCUAGUUCAUCAACCGAAAGCACAACGAAUGUUCCACAAUACCCACCGAUACAAACACUUUCAACUGCUGAACAGCUUACACACCCAGCUACCAACGCCCUACAGUACACACCGCAUAGCUCACCACCUCAGGGCACGAAAAGUGUUGAUCCAUAUACGCCGAUACAAAUUUCGAACACUGACGAACAACAUACAUAG